CCACAAUGCAUAGUUGGCUGGAAGAUGCUGUGUUAUAAAACUUUAAAGUAUUAUGGAAGGAAUAACUCUGUGAAAUCAAUUUUUUCUAGAAGUUUUUCAAAUUUUCGAGGCUCUUAUAAAAUUGUAAAUAGAGGUUCUCCUGAAGGCUCAGAUGAUGCCACUGGAACCAAUUCGACUGAGUCGAAUUGGGAACUCUUCAAACCUGAGGGCUUUAGAUUUUUUUUACCUGGUUCCAUAGGACUUGGCUGGCAUGAUGAUGUUUCAUUAAAGCUAUUAACUUCAGGUAAAGGCAAAUUUGAGUUAAAAGACUUCCAUUUUGAAGUUCAAGACUGUCCUUCUCUUCUAAGAGCUGGGUUUCAAGAGUUGUUUCCAGUUCCUGAAGUAUUGGGUUUUAAUGUUCCAAUAACUGUUGUUAAAGUGUCUUUGAGAAAACCCAGAUUGUGCUCCGAUGAGGAUGCUGAACGAUUCUCAAAGCAAUUUGUUUGUAUAGCUGAACAAAUAUGUCGGGAGCUUAAAAUGGCUGGUUUCUGGGCUGACUUCAUCAACCCUUUCUCGGGUCUCGCUAGGUAUACUAACAAUCAUUCAUCUGGUGAUGAGGCUAUCAGCUAUUUAGAAUCUUUAACGGAGGAUUGUGGACAGUGUCAAGUGAUCAGUUUCAGGGAUGCUCAAACUCCUACUAAAUUGAUUGGGACAAUAUACACAAAUGCCACUCGAGAAACCGCAAUAGUGAAAAAAUUCUUCAAGUAAAUGUCAUAUUAUAUGAUCUUCAUUUUAUGAAGUGUAAAAUUAUUGUUUAAUGAAAAUGUAAAAGAGUUUAUUUUAUUUUAAUUUUAUUAUUAAUAAAUUAUUAGUUUCCUUAUCCAUUGUUUUAUUUUAUUUAUUUUAAUUUCUUUGUCUUUUGUGAUUGUUUUUU